CCUCCGACGGAGGGAGGGGUAGGCGGCAGACCCUCGCCGCGGCGGGGCGCGGCUGGGGGACGGCUUUCCUCCGCUCCCCUGCGGCGGCGGGUGCCCGAGGCGCCGGUGGCCAUGGCCGCCUGCUGCCUCACCGCCGAGGAGAAGGAGUCGCACCGCAUCAGCGCGGAGAUCGAGCGGCAGCUGCGCCGGGACAAGCGGGACGCCCGCCGGGAGCUGAAGCUGCUGUUGCUGGGCACAGGAGAAAGUGGCAAGAGUACGUUCAUUAAACAAAUGAGGAUUAUUCAUGGAUCAGGUUAUACAGAAGAAGACAGGAAAGGCUUCACAAAACUGGUUUACCAAAAUAUAUUUACUGCCAUGCAAGUGAUGAUCAGAGCCAUGGAUACUCUCCAGAUACAAUACACAUCCAAAGAGAAUGAGGAGAGUGCUCAGAUGAUCAAAGAAGUGGAAGUGGCUAAAGUGACAGUGCUGGAAAGAAAACAAGUAGAAGCAAUAAAGAAGCUCUGGGAAGACCCAGGAAUUCAAGAAUGCUACGACAGACGGAGGGAAUACCAGCUCUCAGAUUCUGCUAAGUAUUAUCUUACUGACCUUGAUCGUAUUGCUAUGUCCUCAUUUGUGCCAACUCAGCAAGAUAUUCUUAGAGUCCGAGUGCCAACUACAGGAAUUAUUGAGUAUCCUUUUGAUUUAGAAAAUAUUAUAUUUAGGAUGGUGGAUGUAGGUGGCCAAAGGUCAGAAAGAAGGAAGUGGAUCCAUUGUUUUGAAAGUGUUACUUCCAUCAUUUUCUUAGUUGCAUUAAGUGAAUAUGAUCAAGUCUUGGCAGAAUGUGACAAUGAGAAUCGAAUGGAAGAAAGCAAGGCCUUAUUUAAAACUAUCAUUACAUAUCCCUGGUUUCUGAAUUCCUCAGUCAUUUUAUUUUUAAAUAAAAAAGAUCUUCUGGAGGAGAAAAUAAUGUAUUCCCAUCUAAUUAGUUACUUUCCAGAAUACACAGGACCUAAACAAGAUGUCAAAGCUGCCAGAGACUUCAUUUUGAAGCUGUAUCAGGAUCAGAACCCAGACAAGGAGAAAGUAAUCUAUUCCCACUUCACUUGUGCCACAGACACAGAAAAUAUUCGUUUCGUCUUUGCUGCUGUCAAGGACACAAUCCUGCAAUUAAACCUGAGGGAGUUCAACCUGGUUUAAGGAAGGAAACAUGGUUGCAGCCACAAAGUAUGGUUUACUCAUAGCAGAGCCUGUGUGAUUUAAAAAAAGGUGUCUUUUUAAAUACCAUUUACAGAAAUGGGAAGAUGAUUUAUAUUUGCUGAAGAAGUAUGGCUUAAGAGAACUGUAAAGAAUGAGUUUCAAAGUUUACUUUUUAAGCUAUACAUUUAAAAUAUUGUGUUCAUACUUCCCAUAUUAGUUUUGUCUGUGAGUUUUGACAGCUGUGGGAAUUAAGUAUAUUUAGAGGAAUGUACAUAACUACAUUGCUGUCCAGCUGGUAUUUUCUUAAGAUUUUUCUUUUUUUUUCUUUCUUUUAUUUGACAUUUACAAUCAUAGCUUAUAAAAUUUCAGUGAUGCCUUAAAAAUGACAAGUUAGUGUUAUUUUAGGGUGCUACACAUUUUAAAAUUCUUGUUCUGAAGCAAAGUAGUUGAAAGACUAGGGCAAACCUAUUACACUUUUUAGAAGCAUCUCUGAGUAGCCUUGAUAGGCCAAACCCUAUCCUUACAAAAGGUUAUUUAUUGGAGACCCUUGCGUAUCACUGCCUUUUUGCACAAGUGCCUUACAAUAAUAAAAUACCUUUCACAGUUAAGGAAUGACAAAUUAAUAUCUUGUAGGCAGUCCAUGGAAUUUCCGUUUUUUCUGAAGGGGAAAAGCAUUUCUCAAACAGCAGGGCAUUUAUCAAAUGUUCUCAGCAUUCACUGCCACAGGAGCUCGGAGAUCAUCCACAGCUUCCAGCAUAAACUAGGCCUUAAAUUUCUCCGAGUCUCUAAUGUAACUUGCUUUUUGCACUUUGCAUGUUCCUGUUGUUGUGCUUGAUGGGUAGUUUUGCAUGGAUUAGAGAGCAGCAAAGCCUCUCCUCUGGAAGAUUCCCAGCCAUUUUGCCAUCUCCUCUACUCCCGGGCCCCACAAACCUUUCCACUAAAGAUGUCAGCAUCACUAACAGCUCAGUCAAUUCUCCACUGGGUCAAAAACUCCCCGAGAACAUAAUAAAGACAUUAGGGCAAUCCUGAAAACCUUUUUUACCCAUGCAAAAUUCCUGGUAGGCAGCGCCACUUGAUCAGCUAAUGCAGCAACAUGGGUAAGGAGAGUAUUUUAGUAGAACAGUCUGUUAUUAUCAGUGAUUCAGCCCAGAAGAUACGCUCAGAUUUUCCUGUAUUUACGUGCAUGAAAAUUCCUCUUUUCCAAGAAAUAUAGCAAUAGUUUUUACUAUAAUUUACAUAUCAUCAAGUUCUAUGCAGCACAGAAAAAAAUCAAGUUAUCCUGAUUUUUCAGCUUGAGUAGGGCUUCUGUGUAUUAUUCAGCCAGGUUCAUACCUCUCUCAGUUCAGUCCUGUGAAAAGCACACUCUGACCUUUCACUUCCCAUUAAAAAUGUUUACCAAUUCACAUAUUAAACAGCACUGUUCCCUUUUGUCCAGCAGUGCAGAAAAAGUAAAGUAUGUUCAGAGCUGCUUUUGGAUGCUAAAGACAAAAAAACCAGCCUGUAACAUUUGAUUCAUUUGUUCUUUGUUUAGUGUUGGAACAAGCAGUAGAAGCCUGUCCUUACACUGCUUUAAUGUUCUUCUGUGAGGUUAAGGACACUGACGUAUGUAUGUUAUGCCCAUACUAGUGAAUGGCACUAAUCAACACUGAGAUAUCUAUUAAAACUUCAUAUAGAUACAGAGAUAUUUACAAACAAGCCACAAGACUUAGCAAUUCUAUUAAGGUUUGUGAUGUAUUUGUUGAAACUGUUUUACAUCAGCAGACUAAUAAGGAAACUUGGCAUUUGUAGUUCAAAUUCAGGAAUAUGCUGUAAGUAUUAAAUUCUAAUUACCAUUACAUAGUAAUAUUAAUCUUUUAUUGACUACUGUGUGAUAUUUAUUAUUUCCAGAUAGAUCACUAAAAAUAACUCAGAAGGAACAAAAUACUUCAGUGAUUUGUUUGAUAUGUGUGUUUUGUGAAGUGCUAAAAAUAAUAAGUAGCUAAUGGCAUACAUACAGAUUUUUUUGGGGGGGAAAAAAAAAGGAUUUCGUAAGAAUCUGGUUUUCUGGCAACAUCAUCUAUGUUUUUUCAAUGCGGCAACAGGAAAAAAACUACUUUAAAGGGAUCUUAUACAUGUAAAUCCAGUUAUGAAAAACUUGUCCUUAUAAUAAACUAAAG